AUGCCGCCUAUCUCCCUCCACCUUCAAGGAGGCUCACACAAACACAGCGUUCAUGCCAUCACCACCCGGCUCCACCCCUUAAAGAACCAGCAGGCCGCUGCCGCAGCGGCAGCAAACGCAGCAGGAGGGAUCCCAACCCGCCCGGAGCCACCAUCAGGAUUGGAAGUUAUGGAAACAGAAAAUUUUCGCCUGCAGUGUUUCAAUACCAUGACCGGCACCAAGUUCUUGUUAUUCACCGACACGACGCAGACCAACAUCGACGUGAUCCUACGGCGGAUAUAUGACCUCUACAGCGACUACGUAAUGAAGAAUCCCUUCUACCAACUAGAGAUGCCUAUCCGAUGUGAGAUGUAUGAGCGGAAGCUCCUCUCAUAUAUUAGGGAGAUCAACAAUCGGUAG